GAUAUGUCCUUUGCCGGGAAGCCUUUUGUUUAUUCUGUUUCAGGUGAAGAACAUGUCUGGUGCAGCAGCGAUGUUUGUGUUCUUGUUGCCGGGGAUUCCAAUGUCCAUCGUUUGAAGUCUGCGUGUCCUCCAAAUACAAGGAUUGACUUUCUGCCCGUAUCUGGUGCAAAGUAUGUGUCUGACCGGAAGGGCUUAAAAAAGCUGCUGCAUCAAGAGCUGAUGUCAGGUUGUUACGACAUAUUGUACCUGCAUCUUGGCUCUAACGAUGUUUGCUGCAAGGAUAGCGAUUUCUACCGUUGUGUGACAGAGAUCCUUGAUGUAGUAUUAAGUGUGUGCACUGAAAUUAACGAUGUGCUUUGCGAAAUUCUUCCACGUGAUUUUGAUGUGAGAAUGUUUCCCCGUUGGCCACUCUCAGGGGCACAGUUGAGGAACUACUGCCAGUGGAUAAGGAGUGCAAACAGCAUGCUGUGGGAACUGAGUUACCAUGUGCCGUUUGUGAGAUACAUGGACUAUGGAGCAACUAAACAGAAGUCCCUGUACUUGUCCCAUGAUGGACUACAUCUGAGUGCUGAAGGGGCUAGGAGGUGUUUAGCAUCCAUACAGGACAACCUGCCAAACCAACUGUGUGUGGAGGCUGCUGUUCAAGAUCCUACAGAAUGGCCAGCUCUCGCAGCCACGGAAGUACCGGUUCAGGAGCAUGACAGCACCAUAGCACUCUUUUCGGAUAUUGUACAGACUGGAACUCAACAAGAGAUUCAAGACAAGGUAGAUGCAAGUGAAGUACAAGUUACCAGGGACAUUAAGCCUCAGACACAUAAAAUAACGGUUGUCACAGCCAGAGCUAAGAGGUCUGCGACCAGAAAUGUCAAAAGAUAUGGAAAGAAGUUGGCAAAGAAAUGCCAAAACAAGGUCAUGCUGCAGUGGAUUUGUUUACCUUGACAUUACUGAAGAUGUGGCUGUUUUCCUGGCUGCAUACAAGUUGAAUGACUUAUGCUUGAAACGCAAGAAGAUGGAAGUCAAGACUGGUAAGGUUAAAAGGGAGAAACCUACCUUGACGAAAAAGAAGAACAAACAGGUCCCUUGCUACAAUUGCCCAAACUGCAGGGUGUGCUGUUCAUCUGAAGAUGCCCUGAUCGACCAUUUCAUAAGGAAGCAUUCAUCGUGGAAAGUUGAUAGGCCUGACACACUUUACAAUCAGGAAGAUGAAAUCAACGUGACAUCCAACAUCCAUUGCCACCGAGACACUGAAGAGAAGCCCCAACAAGAUGACAACGCCGCAAAUGAAGAUCAAGUCAACGUGCCAUCCCACUUCUUUUUCCAACGAGACAUA